ACAGUUAACCGUCAUGUAAAGACGUUAGUUAAUGUGACAGAGUAAACAAACUGUUAGUCACCAGUUAGAUGACUAUAGAUCACAGGUUGGUACACAAAUUGUCGAUUCGAUAUCAGUUCAAAUCACACUGUCCCCCUAUAAAACAGCUGAAACUAACAUGUAAUCAAUGACACGUCAUUCAACACGAAAAAAAAAAACUUACAACGGACUAUACAGAACAAAUAGAGAGACUGCGCCAAGAAGCGACGGCCCUCCAUGCCAAACAUCAAAUUGCUUAGUAGCUCUAUUUGUAAACGCAAAUAGUUGACUAAGCACCCCUUGCUCGGUUCACAAAAGGUUAUCUGCAUACCUUCACACGGCGUAAACCGGGCUUUCAUCACCCUCCCUCACACUUCAAAUCCGGUGGGUCGCUGUGCCUUUUCACCCCUUCGCUCUGUCUUCAAAUGGAAAUCAUUUCUAUUGGCUCAAGGUGUCCAUGUAAAUAGGUGUAAAUGAAUCCAGAUUAUGCCUUUGCUUUCUCCUCCGAGCGAGUAGCCCCCCUCCUCCUCUCCACCCAAGGCGAUUGUCAUGUGAUAGCGAAGAAGUGGCACAUUAAUGAAGCGGCUCUACGGGGGUCUUUUCUCCUGUCAUCACAUUAAACUAUCACACGGUUCGGGGAAGGACAUGGAAAUAGCAGCUACUUAGCUCUGCUCAUCACAACAAGGGCCACAACAUAUCGGGAACCAUUCAGAGAGUCGUGGUGUGAGUGUGUGUGUGGGGGGGAAGGAGAAGCUUAUUGCUGCUUGCUUAACUAAAGAUAGCGCAUCAUAUAGGCCAUCUGAAGGGAGAGAACGAGACUGUUUUCAUAGGACGGCUGUUUUCAAGACCCACAGCCCAUAAGCGCUGAGUGAACAGUCCACGGAGGAAACAGACAGUGAGUUGCGUUGCUGUAUUUCAUGCAUCUUGGGGAACUUUCAGUAACUUUUAAGCGCGGGGAUAUUGCAGUUUUUUUUUGUACUUUGCGUUAUAAAGACAAUCUAUGCGGCGAAUGUAUGGAGUUUUACGCGUUCGUAAUGUUGUUUUGAACAAUUGUUUUGAACAACCCGUCCUAGAGUGAUACUUCUUUCAAGGAGUGUAGGACAAAGUUCUAUUUUUCCUGUUUGUCUGAGAAAAACUGGAAGAACUGUAGUCUGACGCGCCAUUCAGCAUUGUAUUUUGACAGAAAGUCCAACAGAAUGCCUCGUCCGGGGAGAAACACGUAUAGCGACCAGAAACCUCCCUAUUCCUACAUCUCCCUGACCGCCAUGGCUAUCCAGUCCUGCCCGGAGAAGAUGCUCCCGCUCAGCGAGAUCUACAAGUUCAUCAUGGACAGGUUCCCUUACUACCGAGAGAACACUCAGCGGUGGCAGAACUCCUUACGACACAACCUCUCUUUCAACGACUGUUUUAUUAAAAUCCCCAGGCGGCCGGACCAGCCGGGUAAAGGGAGUUUCUGGGCUCUCCAUCCCAGCUGCGGGGACAUGUUCGAGAACGGAAGUUUCUUGCGGCGUCGUAAACGCUUCAAGUUGAUGAUGAUGGCGUCCGAGCAUCUGGCGCAAAGCAAGCCGUCGGACGCUGCCCACUAUCUCCAACAACAAGCCAAACUCCGACUGAGCGCUCUGGCUGCUUCCGGCACACAUCUCCCGCAAAUGUCCGGUUACAACAUAGGAGUCUCUCACCAACCGUCAACUUUCAAACACCCGUUCGCAAUCGAGAACAUAAUCGCCAGAGAGUAUAAAAUGCCAGGCGGGCUGGCCUUCUCCACCAUGCAGUCUAUGUCUGCUGGCUACCCGCUGCACAACCAGCUCACCACGGCCUGGCCUCAUAUGUACAGCUCCAGCGUCAUGGACACGGUAGCUCCCAUCUCCAUGGCCAGUGAUUAUUCGGCCUACGGAAUGCCCCUCAAGUCUAUUUGCUAUGGCGCGCAGAGUCUACCUGCCAUCCCCGUGCCAAUCAAGCCCACCCCUACUUCGAUGCCAGGGCUCUCGGCUCUGCCAACACAUAUUCCAGCUUUCUUAGCGAACUCUCCCCAGUCUCUCAGCCCCACGUCUCCUCAGACAGCUACCAGCCAAAGCAGCCCUGCCACGCCGAGCGAAACGCUCAUAAACCCGGCCUCUUCGGCCAUGCAGUCCGUGGUGUCGGUGCACUGACAUGACGUUAGCGGAUGGGACUUAUUAAAAACUUCUGAAUAAGAAAAGAGAUGCUUAUCAACUUUUUCCAAAGCGGUAUUUUAUUGUUUGAUCAAUUCAUGACAACCAACUAAAAUAUGCUCUACAAUCAUGAGGCAAGAUAUUUGCGUUUUGUGGUUUAUCGAUGUACUUAGAUGUUUUACUUGAGAAUUGUUGUGGCAGUGACCCUUGUCUUUCUAUGACGCGCAUAUAGGCUACAUCGUUUUGUUACCUGUUUAGGGUCAUUUAAGAAUAAUCCAAUUCUGAGAUUAUUUUCAAAAAGCACUGUCGUUAUCCGUAUCUAUAUUCUUGCUUACAUUUUAUUGCCAAGUCUCCAAUACAUAUUCCAAUUCAAUUAAUGUAAAACUGGUAAAAACAAUUCGUUAUUGCAUUAGAGAAUGUUGUCAGAAUAUUCUUUUUUUGUUGUUGUUGCAUUUUCGUCAAGAUAAAAAGGCCAAGAAAAAUAAAUAAAUGAAAUCAACUUUUUUGUAGAUUAAAUUUAACGUGACUUUUUAGUUGCAGCUCCCUUUAAUGCGCAUUGCAUUUGCUAUACCAAACAGCCAAAUCUAGUUUUUAGGAGAAUUUUAAAAAAAGAAAGAGAAAGAGAACAAUCACAGAGGUGACAUUUUCAAAUAACAAAACUUGAAAACAGAUAUAUUUAUGGUUUACUUUGGUGUCUGGUUGUCUGCAUUCAAAACAUUCAAAUAUAUUCGAAUUGAUGGAAGAAUAAGUUGAAAUGUGUAAACUGCACUUUUUUUGGGGGUUAAAUGUUUUAGAUUUUGUGUAGUUUACAGAUCUAUCUGUAGUUGUUCUGUGGACCAUUUUAAUUUAAAACAAAAAAAAAAAGAAAUAAACUGUGGUGACCGGAUGUAUA